AUGAAGUAUCUACCAGUGCAAGACUUCGAAGCGGUGACGGGCGCCCUCAACUUCAACACCCCCGACUGCAACGUUACUGGCGGUUGCGAUCUUUACACGACAAAGUCAACAGGAUCCGACAAGAAGCUCUACAAGAAUAUCGAUAAGGAUCUCAACUCGCAACAUGAAGCCCUCCUCAAGCUCGGCGCCAGCCUAUCACCACCGGAGCGUGCGCAGAUGCUGGCCACCUCACCGAGCAUGCAACUAUUUUCACACUCGAGUGCCUUCGGUCCUCUAUCAGAACUUUCAAGCCGUCGGACAUUUGCGUACCUGAUCGCGACGCUAAACGCCAGUCAUCCCCAUUACGACUUCUCCCACGUUCUUCGGCCCAACGACUUUAAGCGCGAGCGAAACCUGCGCCGCGUCAUGGUCAACCUCGAUUCGAUUCUCCAAAAUGUGAGGCCAAACUUUGAGCCCAAGUCGCUCGGCUCCUCUCUCGGUAGCGACACAAGUUCCAACUGGGGACCCCAAUGCUGGUCAUUGAUCGACAAGGAAAUGCACCUUAACGAGUGUACAAUCUUCAGUUAUCACCCCGACACUGACCCGUUUGAGGAGGACGAGAGCGCCAUCUGGGCCGCGCACUACUUCUUCUUCAACCGAUCCCUGAAGCGUGUGGCAUACCUCUACGUGCGUGUAGUACCUGUCAUCUCAUCCCACAGCCCGACACUCCGGCCUACGAACCUGGCAAGGAACCACAGCAACCGACAAGAGCUCGAGUCAGCUGGUGCGCAGAAGCGUGCCAACUACUGGCUUGGUGAUCGAGAUGCUGAGCUGGUGCCGUACACGGAAGACGAUGAGGACAUGGACGACGGACUGUUCUGGAACAGAGGGGAAGAUGGCGAUCUUGUUGCCUAUUCAGAUGACGAGUUUGACGACGACAUUGACGAUAUGGACAUGCUCGACAGAAGCAACGAGAGGUUCAUGAGUGAAGACAUCGCCGGCCGGAUGGAGAUUUAG